AUGGGAGAAGCUGUCACACAUGACAUAGCAUUUUGGAAGAGGAAGGAAAAUGUGACAAGAAAUGCGUGUGACCUAAAGAACUCAUCCACACAGCAGCAAACUGUGUGGUCUAGCCUUAGAAUCCCUUACAAAAUAUCCCUUGUUCAUUCUUCUGUUUCUCUUUCCACAAAAAAAGAAAUUUUUGUUGAUGUUUAUAUGAAAUCAAAAACAGAUUCAACAGGGGGUCAUAUUAAGAAAGUUGUUUUAGAAUCUAUUGAAGACAUGUGUGAUACAAAUAUAUCAACUUUUGAAUUCAAUGUUCACAUAAAUGCUGAAAAUUGUCAUAUGAACUCUUCCAAAUCUUAA